AUGCUACAACUGAAUGAGAAUUGGGAUAACUAUGGGAGAUUUAGAGAAUUUCAGGUCGAUGGCAUUAUAGUCGAUGAGGAUGCGAGUUAUAGUCUAUUCAUUUCUACAAUAGCACAACAAUUAAUGAUCGAUACAUCCGAAAAAAUUAUAGAAAUCAAAUACAUUGUCAACGAGUAUUGUCCUCCAAUGGAAAUUAGGAACAAUAUGGGUGUUCGUGUAUACAUGGAGACGAAAAAGGAAAACAAAAACUUAGGAUCAUAUCCGCUAUGUAUAACUAUUCGCGAUUUCAAUACAGAAUUGAGUAUCACCAAUGAGAACACAGCUGCAGGUUCGUCUAGAACACUAAAUUUACUUGAUAUGCCAACAUCUCCCGUUAUAGAGGAAUAUGAAAGUAUAAUAUUAACAGAUAGUACACCAAGUUCUAUUGAAAUAGGACAAGUAUACCAAGACAAGGAAACAAUUGCAACUGCAAUGAAGCACUAUUCUGUCAUGCACAAGUUCCAAUUCAGGGCAACUAGCAUAAAUGAUUCUGCAAUGUUCAAGGUCAGAAAUUUCAACAGCCAGCACACAUGCUCUUUAAUGGACAAUACAUUCAUACAACGCAAACCUACUGCCAUGGUAGUUGGUAGCAUGGUUAUUCCAAAAUAUUCUGAUCCUAAGAUAAUUUACACGCCAAAAGACAUACAAUUUGACAUGUUGUCUGAACACGGCGUGAAUCUAACCUAUAUGCAAGCUUGGAGAGCAAAGGAAAAGGCUUUACAGUUUUUGAGAGGUCAUCCUGCUGACUCCUACAGCAAAUUGCUUAGUUAUUUGUAUAUUCUAGAGAAGACUUAUCCGAGAUCUGUAGUUAAAUUGAAGAAGACGGACGAUGAUUGCUUCUUGUAUGUAUUUGUUGCAAUUUGUACGUUAAUCAGUGGUUGGGAAUAUUGUAGGCCAGUUGUAGUAGUUAAUGGGACCUUCUUAAAGUCAGCAUACAUGUGA